AUGGAAACAUAUCAUGGAAGAAUUGAAACGUUAAACGACGCGCUAAUUAUAUUUGUAGAAGCGUGUCAGCAAGGAAUCCUUCAGAGAACCACACGUAGGUUGUUGGAAAAGGAAAGAGAAGAACUGUGUGGUGGAAACGUAUAUGUAUUCGAUGAGACCGAAUCAGGAAUAAAAAGAUGGACAGAUGGAAGAUUAUGGAGUCCAAGUAGGAUCAUCAAGGAUUUUCUAGUUUACCGUGAAUUGGCAACACGUGAUCGAAACAUCAAACGUCAUGAACCCUUAGAUGAACUAUUACAAAAACGAAUUUCAGCCGAAGGACUCAAAGUUCAUCAAUGUAGCAAAGGAUUGUUUUUAUUGAGAAAAGAUGGAUUAUUAAAGAAAACUAUCAGUAUCAAAUUUAAUGGGACGUAUCAACAUAUGGUCAUAUAUGAAGAUGUUAUCAAAAAAAAUUCUUCGGCCGAACCAUUAUUACCUCCUCGGGCAUUUGAAGAACUUCGAUAUCUUCAACUUGGGGAAGAUAUUUUAAAUUCAGAGAAGAUGCCAAAGGCAAAUAGAAAUUAUUCGAGAAAAAGUCAAAAAAAGUGGAAGGAACAUCAUCAGACGCAUCGUUUAUUGAAACAGUUAGUAUUUGCACAAACAGAUCAACAACGACAACAAAAUUAUCAACUUUAUUAUCAAACUGGUAUUAUUGGAGGUAAUUCACUCAUAGGAGGCGUUUUAAGUCCAGAUCAAACAUAUUUAUGGAAUAAUUCACGUCAAAUAGAAGGAAGCAAUGGAAGAGGUGAAAUGAGUAAUAAUUUUGCAAUUAAUGAUCUUAUAUCAUCUGAAAUUUCACCAUCCAUUAGCAGUUUUGAUCCAUAUGGUAAUCAUCAAGUAUUAAAUGCUCUCUCUUUUAAUCGACUCAAAUUUCAACCGCAAAACGCAACCACGGUAGACUUGACGAGCAAUACUCCAUUAUUGUCUACUCCUUGGUCACCUAAUCACCAUUCUUAUCCUUCAACAUGUGGUUCACAAUUUCAACAACAAUCUUCCAAUCUACAACUUUCUGUUAAUAAUAAUAUUAUUAACGGUCUUUCAGUACAAUUAAUCGCUGCUUCUACUAAUUCGAAUAAUUCUUUUAAUAAUCCUGCCAUUACUACUAACACUAAUAAUAUGAUUGGAAAUACUGAGGAUAAAGAUUCUAUUAGUGAUAUUAGUGAUUCUGAUAUGAAGGAGGAUUAUUGA